AGUGUCAGUAUAAUAACCUAAAAGUUACAUGCAAGCUUUGAUAGAAGUACUUUUUCAAUAAUACUGCAUAGCUUUCAUAUAAGGGUGCUUGCGAGAGGAAUGGCGACUGUUGCGAAGUCAUUUGCUGAGCACGCGGUGGUUCCGGACGUCGUGCCUGUGGCCCCGACCGCCCUAUUGAAGGUGACCUAUUCCAGCGGAGUUGAAGUGAAGGAAGGCAAUGAGCUCACUCCGACCCAAGUGAAGGACCAGCCCACUGUGUCGUGGGACGCUGAACAGAAUGCCUUCUACACCGUUGCUAUGACUGAUCCCGAUGCGCCGUCCCGUAAGGAGCCGAAGUUCCGCGAAUGGCACCAUUGGCUGGUGGGCAACGUUCCCGGAUCGGACGUUUCUAAAGGCGACGUCCUCUCCGCAUAUGUGGGCUCCGGACCACCACCGGGCACCGGCUUACACAGAUACGUCUUCCUUGUCUACAAGCAGCCGGACAAGAUUGAAUUCAGCGAGAAGCGCCUGACUAACACUUCCACUGACGGGCGCGCUACUUUUUCGAUUGCAAAAUUUGCGGAAAAAUACAACCUUGGCAACCCAGUCGCUGGCAACUUCUACCAGGCGCAGUAUGACGACUACGUACCCUUGCUCUACAAGCAACUUGGCGAAUAAACAUCACAUUGUAUUGUGAACCCUGGAUUCAUAGUAUUGUGGCAAAAUUAAAGACUGAAUAGACAGCCAGUAAAAGCAAAUACAUGUAUACAGGGUUACUAUAUUUAAAAUAAAAUUGCAUUUAAAAAAAUCAACUGAUCAGUGAUUUUAGAUUCCUUAUAUUUUCGUUCUUGGAUCGGUUUUGUUUUCUCUUAGAUUGUAAGGAAAAGUGUUUGUCAUUACAAUUAUAUCACUAUGCUCAUU